AAGAAAUAUAUGCACAUCACCAUUUCGGUCGUUAAAAGUCCUUUAAAGAAUAAACUGUUACAACCAACAUUAUGACAUGCCCUAAUUUUGUGUUUUCUUCACUUCAAACAGAAAUCUCGAGACUUGAACACUUAUUUCAAAGUAAAUGGGCGAAGGAAUUUCUCGAAUCAAUCGGUGCGGAAGACAAGAAGCUCGUAAAUUUUUAUACUGAUGAAUACAUGAAGGCACUGAAAGAAGAUAAAGAUUUAAAUUACAGUUUUAUUGCCAAAAGAGUACCAUACAAUCUGAUGAGAAAGGAGAUUUCAAAGAAAUGGGAAAGAAGAAAAAAUCUCGAUACUGCAGAAGGUGCUUAUUUUGCGGUUACAUCAGACAAUUUGAAGAGAGACGAAGGUUAGUUUUCUUUCACUUUGUAACUCAUUUUCGUAACUCAUAAACCGUGCUGAAAUAUCUGUCUUGAUUUUGUGAAUAGUAGUAGAUACAGCAGCUAGCUGAAUGUUUGAAUCAAUUCUCGAUUUCUCUGAAUGUACGGAAAAGUUGUCUCCACGCAUCCGAACACUAUGUCUGCCCGAAUUCAUUGUGCAUCAAUAUAUUCAUUACUGGCAGCUGACACGUGACCGUUACGAUAUCGAACUCCAAAUAGAUUGAUUUCGAUCAGAAGUCUAUUCACUGAAAGAAAAAAAUAAAAAAAAUAAACCAUCUUGAUGAGCAAUACGUGGUGAAAGCUCUUAUAAUGAACAUUGUUGUUCAUAUAUUCUCACCAACAACUACAAAAUGUUUUGAAUGGUUUUAUUUAUAUUUAGUGCG